AUGGACGCAGCAAAACCAAACUGCAAUUGCAACAAGCCUGCCCAAGUGAGCACAGUGAAGAAAGAUGGUCCAAAUCAUGGUCGAUUAUUUGCUACCUGUACGACUCGGGAUUGUAAAUAUUUUGAGUGGUUGGAUGGAAACAAGAAGAUGACUCCAACUUCUUCUUCGUCAUCAUCAAAUAAUUUCAAUUUUGGAUUAAAUUCAUCAUCAUCGGGAAAAGUUUCAUCAUUCUCCGAUCAAAAUGAUGGUAGCAAAUCAACAAUUCCGAAAUGCCAGCACAAUCAAGAUGCAAUGCUUUUGAGAGUAAAGAAGGUAAGGCCCAACCAAGGACGAUUAUUUUGGACUUGUGCCAACUCACAAUCUGACAAGUGUUCCUUCUUUUCAUGGUUUUCUGGAAAAGAGGAAGACUUUGAACACUUGAUUGGUGUGAAACCAACAACUUUAACCACGAAAGAGACAUCAUUCGAAGUGACUGAAUCAGAAAAAAAGAGAAAACUUAAAGAUGAGACCAACCAAGAGGAUCAUUCUGACGAUGACACUCCAGAACCAUCAUCAGUUGCAGUGGAGGAGCCACAACGUAAGAAAAUGAAAGAGACAUCAGCUGAUGUUGUCCAUUACAAGGAAAAACCCAAGCAGAUAUUUCCAAAGAAGGAGGAGAUUUUCUCUGCACUGAAUGCUUGUUCGUUUGACAAUGUCAAGGUUGUAAUUUUAGGUCAAGAUCCCUAUCCUCAAUGGUAUGCCCAUGGAAUGUCUUUCUCUGUGAAAAAAGGCAUUACAACACCCAAGUCCUUACAAAAUAUUUAUGCCGAGUUGGAACAAGAUGAGAAUUUAACACCCAGGUUCACACAACCAAAUCAUGGCUACUUGAUGGGAUGGGCACAACAAGGAGUGCUACUCUUAAAUGCAGUGUUAACAGUCGAGAGUGGAAAAUCCAAUGAACACAAAGGUAUUGGAUGGGAACAAUUCACAGAUGCCAUCAUCAACAAGCUCAAAGAAAAGAAAAAUAUUGUUUACUUGCUAUGGGGAAAAGACGCACAAGAAAAGGGAUCAAAAAUCGACCGAAAGAAUAACUUGGUCAUUCAAACUUCCCAUCCUUCUCCAUUUUCUGCUAAUAAGGGAUUUCUUGGAUCGAAAUGCUUCUCCAAAUGCAAUGAAUAUUUAACAAACAAUGGGCUCACAACAAUUAAUUGGAACAAGUUAUAA